GUCCCUGAGCCUUGGCGGAACCGGAAAUCGCGGAACUUUUUUCUUCCCUCCCGCGGGUGCCCCGGGAAGCACGGCAGGAAAUGCACGAAGGACCACCCCGCGCCGCGCAGCCGCAGUGGAGCCUCGGUCGCUAGGGUAACGUGCUCUGGGCAGGUGGGUCGCCAUGCGCGCCCCGGUCGCGCGGGCCGCUUGGGCCUGGAGCUGGAGCGCUAGUUGCCACCGCGGCGUCUCUAACUUCCCAGUACCUCCGCCCGGCGCGGUGAACGUGGCAGAGCUUCUGCGAGGCGCGACGGCGGCGGAGGAGGAGCCCGGGGCGGCGACAGCGCGGCGGGCGCCCGGCCAGUACUCGGUGUUGCUCUUCCCAGGCCAGGGCAGCCAGGUAGUGGGCAUGGGCCGCGGUCUGCUCGGCUACCCGCGCGUCCGCGAGCUCUACGACGCCGCGCGGCACGUGCUGGGCUACGACCUGCUGGAGCUGAGCCUGCACGGGCCGCAGGAGGACCUGGACCGCACGGUGCAUUGCCAGCCCGCUGUCUUCGUGGCUUCGCUGGCCGCUGUGGAGAAGCUCCAUCACCUGCAGCCUGCGGUUAUUGAAAACUGUGUUGCUGCUGCUGGAUUCAGUGUGGGAGAAUUUGCAGCUCUAGUGUUUGCUGGAGCCAUGGAAUUUUCUGAAGGUUUGUAUGCAGUGAAGGUCCGAGCUGAGGCCAUGCAGGAAGCUUCAGAAGCUGUCCCCAGUGGGAUGUUAUCUGUCCUCGGCCAGCCUCAAUCCAAGUUCACCGCUGCCUGUUUGGAAGCCCAGAAGCACUGCAAGUCAUUGGGCAUAGAGAGUCCCGUGUGCGAGGUGGCCAGCUACCUCUUUCCUGAUGGCAGGGUGAUUUCAGGACACCUCGAGGCUCUGCGGUUCCUCCAGAAGAAUUCCUCCAGGUACCACUUCCGACGCACCAAGAUGCUGCCGGUGAGCGGAGGCUUCCACACCCGCCUCAUGGAGCCCGCGGUGGAGCCCCUGGCACAGGUUCUAAAGGCAGCGGAUGUCAGGAAGCCCCUGGUGUCCGUCUACUCCAACGUCAGUGGGAGCAGAUACCUGAACCCCAGGCAUAUCCGGCAGCUGCUGGGGCAGCAGGUGGUCUCCCCUGUCAAAUGGGAGCAGACCAUGCACGCCAUAUACGAGAGGAAGAAGGGCACGGAGUUCCCCAGAACGUUUGAAGUGGGCCCUGGCCAGCAGCUGGGGAGCAUCCUGAGGAGCUGUAACCUGCAGGCCUGGAAGGGCUAUAGCCAUGUGGAUGUGCUGUGGUCCAGCGAGGACCCGGACGCGGACCUGGACCCCAGUGAAUCUCCACGGUGACUGCUGUGGGGUCAGCCUGCCCUGCCCCACUGGCUCCCCCAGGAUGGAGAGGGAGGGUGUGGCCGUGCCAAGUGCCCCUGAGGAGCACCGAGGGGGAGGUUUCUUUGCGUGGCGCCGCCCGCUCCUCCCCCUUGCAAAGACGAGGGACUCCUGGGUGCUGGGCACCUGCAGAGCUGCCCCUUCAGCCUGGCAGGGGUUGCCCCGUGGACCUCACACCCUGCUUUGUGGCUGCUGAGGACACCCGCAUGGCCUUGAGCUGGGCCAGUGCCCGAGGGGCCCCUGCACUGCCCUGCAGCCUGCUGGCCACCUGUGGCCAAAAUCCUGUCUCCUUUGUCCCCGGGUCUAAAAGGCUUAGGCAGCCGCUCUGUCCCCUCCCACUCAACUGUGGAGAGAUCAAGUCCUGUGUUCUUACAUAUCCAGGAAGUACUUAUUAAGUGCCUGCUGUGUGCCAGAGAGCAGGUGGCUUCUGCCUUGGCAGGGGCCCCUGAACAAGUAGGAGCGGUGUGGAUAUGCCCAGGCAAGGAGGGCGGCUGGGGGCCCUGACCCCUAGGCUUGGCCCUGCCUCUUCAUGGAGAGCACCCCUGUGCCACCUGUGGACAGUGGUCACUGCAGCCUCUGCCCGCCUGUAGCCAGCAGGAGCAAGACUGAGGAUGCAGCUCCUUGAGAUGUUAAAUACCAGCCACUCUGAGCUCUGCAGCUGGCGUGUCCAUCUUUCGGUGACAGUGGGGCCUCUCAGUGGGAAUGAAAUCCCUGGGUUUUGUCACACCCUGGAAGUGGGCUUCUCACUGUGAAGUCUACAGCAUUUCUCCACAGGGCCCUGUUGGCCUCUGGCAGAACCCAUCCUGAGCAUCUGUCUGUCCUGGCUCCAGCCACUCCAUGCCCACGCAGUGCUUCCAGGCACUGUGGCCCCAGUACCCCACACGCUUCCCUGCAGCCCUGGCUGAGGCCGCUGCAGAGUCACCACAGCCUCCUGAGUGUUACCAGAGCACAGAGUCUUUGGAAAGAACUUCCCCCUUUUCUUUGAAAUCGGGUCUGGCCGAGUGUGGCGGCGCAGCCUGUAUUCCCAGAGACUCCAGGCGCUGAGGCAGGAACAUCACAAGUUCAGGACCGGCCUCAGCAACUUACUGAGACCUGCCUCGAAAAUAAAAAGGACCAGGUGACGUAAGUGAGUGGUAGAGGACGUGACUAGCACGCACAAGACUCUGGGUACAACCCCCCGCACCACGAACUGACUUGCCAGGGGCUGGUCUUGAACUCCUGGGCUCAGUGACCCUCCUGCCUCAUUCUCAGGGUAGCUUGUCCACACACCCAGAAAGAACUGUUCAUAAAUCUUUGUCACACAAAGAUCUUUUUACUGUUUUCUGACACUCACCAACUCAGUUUGAAACCCCUUUUGCGGGGAUUGAGUCGGAGCAGCUGGGGGGGACGCAGGCUCCACAGUCCUGAGUCUCCUGAUGGUUCUGCAAGCAGGAAGGGGCCUUAGGGUUAUGCUCAGCUCUAAGGACAAAAAUCCCAAGUGAGGGGACCGUGGAGGGUACAGGCAAUGGCUGAGGUACAGGCCUUUCUGCUCUCUGGGACCCCCCUUUUAAUUCAGUCUUGGGUGGUACAAGGAGCCCCGCCAUAUCUAAGCCACAGGGGGAAGAAAGAGCAGCCCAGGGUGUGCAGUACUGCCUUGGGAAGAUUCUGGAAAGCUGCUGGCAUUGCCAUCUGCUGAGGAACUGGCUCCUUCCGAGGCACCUUUGGGUGCCAUGUCUGGAGAACCUACCUGUUCUUCCAGGUCUACCUGGAAUCGUGCCACCCUCGUGCCCAGCAGGAACAGCCUUCCCUGGGCACUUUCUAACUGGCUCAUUCUAGCCUCCUCAUCUCCAGGAAUCCUGACCCAGCCAGGGACCUUGUUCACAAGCCCUUGAAACCCUGUCGUGUCCACAGGCCUACACCAGGGGCCACCUCAGGCACAUGUCCUUGACCUGGUGAGGUCACGUGAUGGGUCCUUGUGCCUCAACUCAGGGAAGCCACUCCACUAUCCCCAGGGCAAAGUCUGCCACCACCUUGUGUGGCCCAGGGCCUGCUUCAGGGCUGCCCUUGUGGAGAGCUUUAGAAUCACCAGGCUACCAGGUGCCCAGCCGGUUGGGGCUUUUGUUGUUUUCUUUAGUUUUCCUGUAGCUGUAGAGAGCAGCAUGCCUUUUAUUUGUUUUUAUGCGGUGCUGAGGCUCGAACCCAGCGCCUCACGCGUGCCAGGCAAGCGCUUACCACAGCCGCAGCCCCGCCCCGGUUGGUUUUCUGAGCCAUCAUUUCCCAGAGACCCGCCUCCACUCGGGGAUGGGACUGUGUGAGGUAGGGGGCAGGUGUGGAGGGAACAGGAGGUGGCGACUACUGGGCGCCCUGCAGUGCCAGUCCCUAUGGAGGGUGAGGAUGAUGCUGGGCCCUGCUGCAGCCAGGGGCGGGCGCAAGCGGCCUGAAGCCAUGUCAGCAGGCUGCAGCUGGCCUCUGACGGUACCAUGCCUUGCAGGCUGGUCUCCCUCUGAUAGGGUGCGCUGCCUGGAGUGAGCCCAAGGCAAGAGGUGCAGCCACCUGUGGGUGCCGAAGGCUCACCCACGUCCUGGUCCUGGGGUGGUCUGUGGGAGAUGCUGUGGGUGAGACACUGGCCCAAGGAAGCAUCUGCCUCCUUUGCCAUGCCCAGGCCAGAAAGGCCCCUUCCCCUUCCCAUCUCCCUCAUUCAGGACAGAAUCCACAUCUGCUAUUCUCAGGGCCUCAGGAUCCUGGAGAACUCAUGGCCACGAGGGGAAGGCUAGAUCCCAUGACUUGCCUCUGUCUGUCAGUCACUGCGUGGCCACAGGAUCCCACCAGCCCAUCUUCCACCCCAGGGCUUUUGCACAUGGAGCUUCCUCAGCCUGAUGCACCUGUCUUCUCCAGAGCCAGUUCCUCCUUUGGAAGGCCUCUCCUUCAUGGUCCCACUCACCCCACCCCAGCAUUUCCUUUGUUUCCUUCAAUCCCCAUUGUAAGGUAGAAAAGGGUGGAAACUUGGUCUGACCAUGGUGUUUAGAGGCUGGGCCUCUGCAAGGUGAUUGGGGUUAGGCAGGGUCAUCAAGGUGGGGCCUAUGACUGAAUCCAGGAGGCUUUAUAAAAGAGAAACCAGGAGAGAUAGACACCCACUCCAGGGUCUCGGCAUGGAAUGUCCCAGAAACUCAACCAGAUGCAGCUCCUCGACCACACACCCCCAGAAUUUGGAGCCAAAUAAACCUUGAUAAC